CGUGGCGGUAAUGAAGCAAUAGGUCGAUUUACCAAGGGCACGAAGAAGAACAACCGUUUGAAGACGAAGAUUUGGAAGGCGAGGAAGAAUUUGAAGAACAACUUCGUCCGAGACGAAGCAUUGCAAACCCUAAGUAAUAAUCUACGAAGUCAUAAUGCCUAAAUCAAAGGAAAUGCUUUCCACCACAUCUGGGAGUGACUCUGAUGGUGACGUUGAAACAAAGGCAAAGAAAAAGAAGUCAAGUGCACCAGGAAAAAUGGCUAAGAGGCCAAAUUCAGGAGAGAGUGUCAAACCUGGCGGGUCUUCCAAAGGCAACAGUAACACUGGUGACAACAUGUUCCAAUGUGGGUUGCCUAUGUCCUUUCAGUACAUACAGUAUCUCCCAAAAAUUGGAAGAAUGCGAUAUGUCUCUGUCCGGGACUUCAAAGGGAAAGUUCUGAUUGACAUCAGAGAGUACUGGACGAAUCCAGAUGGUGAUAUGAAGCCUGGGAAGAAAGGCAUUGCCCUGAAUCCAGAGCAGUGGAACCAACUGAAGGACCAGAUUUCAGAAAUUGAUGAUGCCAUUAAGAGUAUAUAAACAAUCCUUGGAACCUUUGGAAAGUUUAUUGAUUCAUUUUGUAAAAAGCCUGUGAUUCUUUUGUAACUGACUUGGAUGAAAUACUUCAUUAGUUUAUUGUUAGGUCUAUGGCAUUGUUUUUUUUCUCUACCCAUUAUAAGCUUAUUUAGCUGUGUACCUCUUGAGGUUUUGUAAUGAUGAGGGUAAAUGGGGGUUGCUCAUCAUAAUGCGGCACAUUACAUUUCAUAGCAAAACUAAGACGGUUAAUUGCUUCCCUAUUAAAUUUUUUACAGUUGUAUAAAUUUGUGUUCAUACUUUGACUAUCGCAUUAAUCAAAACGUGUUUUUAAAUGUGCUUUAAAUUAGGGAUGAUAGUUGAUACUGUGUUAACUGGCUAUUAUUAAAUUGAAUUAUUGAAAAAAAUGUGACUCGUGAGGAUAAGUGGUACAGAUGAUGAAUAAAUUAAUGAGUGAA